AUGGCCUCUCUCAACCUGUCCGCUAACGGGCCUUCGAUAUCGAAGAGCUAUCAAUCUGUUGUGAACUCGACCCCUCCCAAGAAUGGCUCACCGACAUAUGCCCAAUGGGCCGUCUUCUCCGUCUCAACCCCACUGGUCAAUGCCUUCCAACAGGAUUCCGGCAACAAGGAAAGUGUGCUGAAGGUCCAAAACACUGGUGAGGGUGAAUUACUCGAUCUCAUUGAUGAAUUCUCCGAAGGUCGUGUACAAUUCGCCUACGUCAAGGUGACCGACCCCAACACUGGCUUGCCAAAGAACGUCCUUAUUGCCUGGUGUGGUGAAGGUGUCCCUGAGAGAACCAAGGGCUAUUUCACCAGUCACUUGGCCAGUGUAUCGAAAUUCCUACACGGGUACCACGUUCAGAUUACAGCACGAGCAGAUGGUCAUCUUUCCCCAGAGGGCAUUGUCCAACGAGUAGCAGACUCGUCUGGCUCAAAGUAUUCACCGGAAUCGCAGGCACCAGCUCCGACGCCGGCGCCUCGGCCCCCGGUCGCUAGUAAGCCGGUCUUCACCCCGACUCGCUCAGGGGGCAUCGCCUCAGCACCGGCGCCGGCACUGCGUCCGAAGCCCUCAGCAGCCGUAGAUGACGAUGGCUGGGGUGCAGAUGCACCCCCCGUCACCCGCACUCAACUGGAAAAGGUUCAGCCCGCAUACCAACCCACCAAGGUGAAUCUGCAACAGCUCAAAUCAGAGAACCAAUCCCCCGCAUCUCAAUCGCCUGCCUCAGCCCUUGCAGAAGACAGGGGUAAUGUGGUUCGCGGGGCUUACCAACCGAUCGGCAAGGUCGAUAUUGCGGCCAUUCGGCGCCAGGCUGCGGAAUCCGGCCAGCUAAAAGAUGAUCGCCCGGCUCCUGUUAAAGGAUCCUACGAACCGAUAGGCAAAGUAGACAUUGCUGCGAUUCGUGCUCGAUCGCAAAAACCAGAGGGGGCGAGUGAUGAUGCCUCAGCUCUGGAGCCCGUCCCUCGCAACGAGCCCACGACGCUCCCUGAACGACCGGCGGUCAACCAGGAGGCGGAACGUCUGACAAAUCUGCCAAAGCCAAAGGUUGCGAAUAAAUUCGGCUCUGGUCCCUCGUUCCCUGGUACUAAACCACCUCUUCCCUCCAGCUUAGGCGCGUCAUCGACCACCCCGAAUGUCCAGAUCGGGAGCGCCAGUCGAACCUUUGCGGACCAGGGAGGGAAAACACCUGCUCAGUUGUGGGCAGAGCGGAAGGCCAAGGAGCGUGACGCUGGGCCAGCAGGCGACGCUCUGCCACAUCGGCCGAUUCAGAGCCAGCCAAGUGGCAACAGCGAAUGGAAGAGCGGAUACACUGGAAAAUCGUGGGCACCUGUCCAGACGGUUCAGGAGAAGUCGGUCCCUGAGACGGCGGAUGUGAAGGCUUCCGAUUCACGGGAUGCGGAGAACGCUCUCCCGUCUACCCAUAUCCAGGACGUGCGCGAUCAAUUCGCCCAGCCUCCUGCCCAGCCGAUCGCGGUUGAGGUACCUCCAUCUGUGCCCCAGGCCAGUCGCCCCGUUCCUGUUCCUGGUUUGCCCUCUGGUCCCACCGAACCUGAGGUGGGAGAUGACGCUCAGCAAGAGCUACCUACUCCACCUCCCCAGCCUCGCUCUCCCACCCCUCCGACCCCCCCAGUGCGUGAGAGCUCCCCCAUCCGUGUGGCGAUUCCUGUGGGCAGCGGGGUGACCGAUGUGCACGAGGAGCAGCACUCUCCACCACCAGCUUUGCCUGUGCAAAGCCUCCAGGAGACUGUGCCAGACGAGGAGGAUCUCGAGGACGAUACUCAUGACCUGGGCCGGGCUGCGGCCGAAGCCACUGUUCCUGAUCAACACCACCAGACCGAACUCCGUGCUGUGGUGCAGUAUGAUUAUGAGAAGGCCGAAGACAACGAGAUAGAACUCCGUGAAGGCGAGUUUGUCACCGACAUUGAGAUGGUCGACGACGACUGGUGGCUGGGAGUAAAUGCGCAGGGCGAACGUGGUCUGUUCCCUGGAAAUUACGUUGAAAUCGUGGAGGGUGACGAUCUUGCUUCUCAUCCUCAUGAGCAAGCCGCCGAGCCUGAACCUGAACCCAUUCCGGAGCCUGUCCCAGAGCCCACUCCUGCCCCUGUUGCCGGCCCCGAGCACCCUUCUACCGCUGAAACUCAUAACCCGACUGCGUCGGCACUCUAUGACUAUGAGGCCGCAGAAGACAAUGAACUCAGCUUCCCCGAGGGUGCUACCAUUGCGAAUGUGGAAUUCCCCGACGAUGACUGGUGGCUUGGUGAGUAUAAGGGGGCCAGGGGCUUGUUCCCGGCCAACUAUGUACAGUUGAAUGAGUAA